CUAGGCUUGUAUCUACCCGUUUCGAAAACGUGGAAACCUCUUUGAUUUCUACUUUUCAGACAAUAGAGGAGGCUUUUCUUCGGCUGCCUUUACGAACGGACGGAAAAUAACGUUUGGAAAAACAGUUUUAUCGCGAAAUUCCGGACAAAAUCACUGGAUUUUAUCCUCCAAAAUGAAUAAUUUUACCUGCUUGUUCAUUCUCACUAUUCUUUCCCUAUCACAAGGAUUUCCACGACCAUCUUUGGACAAAGCCAACAGACGGCAAGGGGUGCACUAUGGUUACCCCGAGAGUUCCUCAGAACCCUAUACAUCCACACAAGCCACUUCCUAUAGCGAGAAUCCAUCAUACGCGACGACGUGGUCUAAGCCAGCGGAGUCCACUACGUCAAAUCCUGCCUCUCAGGAGUCAAUAGCGAGCUAUCAGAACCCAGCUGCUGAUCAAAACUCGCCUGCUCGCGAGACAACAACAGCCUCUCCCUAUGCAGCACAAACUGCAGACCGACCCACAGAAACACCACAGGAUCAGAGUAAACAAACUCAGACCCAGGCUGAUCAAAACACAAGUCAGAAACCGACAACACAAUCACCUUAUGCAAGUCAAACAGCUGACCGUCAAGCAGAAACAGCCCAGGCUCAAAAUACACAAGCUCAGACUCAGAGCGGUCAAACGUCUGCUCAGCAGGCCGCGACGGACACUAGUACUCAAGAUCAAAGUUCGCAAACGCAGGGUGAUCAAAGCUCGUCUCAGAAAGCGACAACUAGUUCGCCAUAUGCUGCCUCACAGAGUCCAAAUACUCCCCAAGGUCAAGAUACCCAGUCCAAAACCUCAACAAGUCAAACGCAAGACUCAACAUCACCUCAGAAACCCGCAACUCAGACACAAGACUCGACAUCACCUCAGAACCCCGCAACCCAGACACAAGACUCAACAUCACCCCAGAACCCCGCAACCCAGACACAAGACUCAACAUCACCCCAGAACCCCGCAACCCAGACACAAGACGCAACAUCACCUCAGAACCCCGCAACCCAGACACAAGACUCAACAUCAUCUCAGAACCCCGCAACCCAGACACAAGACUCAACAACACCCCAGAGCCCCGCAACCCAGACACAAGACUCGACAUCACCUCAGAACCCCGCAACCCAGACCCAAGACUCAACAUCACCUCAGAACACUGCAUCACAGACCUCAACACAAUCGACCGCCGAUACAAGCUCAACACAGACUCAAGCUCAAGCUCCUCAAAAUCAAGAUCCAUCCACCGCCCCAAACCAGCCUCAAGCCUCUCAAAGCUCAACCCAAUCCCAGAGCGAAACUCAGCUAUCUUCACAAGCUACCCAAGGUGGCCAGUCAAAUGAUUACAACCAAAAUAAAGGAAACAACGAGUAUGUCAACCCACCAAAACCCUACAACGAAGCUCAGAGCAAUCCACAAUCAGCUUCUUCAUCUGAUAAUUCGCAAUACAAAGUAGAUAAGGUGAUAUCUAAAACGGCGUCUGACUCUUCUCAGGGAAACCCCUCGUCACCAGUCUACCUCUCGACCUCUGGGACUGCAAACGUAGCGGACAGCAGUAAGCCCGACGACAAGUCGAAAUCGGCUACAGUGAACAAAGAAACCACAGUGAAUGGAAAUCAUGCGACAACUUACUUAGAGUUGCCCAAGAUCAUUCAUAAGCCUGCUAUUGUCAAAUAUCAGGUUCAGAUUGCACCCAAAGUCAAGGGUGUGCCUAUUGAGCAAGAAAUAGCUAUCAUGCCUCCAGAUGGCGGAAAGGGAGAGCGUAAACCGUUGGUACUUUUGAAACAAGUUGUUUCCAAACCAACGGAUGAGAGAAUACAAGUGAUUGUGCCAAAGAGCGAAUCUAGUACGAUCAGUUCACCUAAAGUGGAAGUCAAGGGCGGUCAUCUUGAUCAAGAGGCUUUGAAUGGUCAAGAUCAAGCUAAUGGUCAAAAUCAGGAUAGAGGUCAGGGUCAGCCGCAAGGUCAAUAUCAGGGUCAAGGUCAAGAGCAGUCCCAAAGUCAAGAUCAGACACAAAGUCAAGAUCAAUCUCAAGACUCGGCCUGUGGAGAUUUGUCCAUGUGCGAAAAUUAUAAUCCAAAUAUGUGUAAUCAAGUGUGGAUGAAACGGCAUUGCAAGAAACUAUGCGGACUGUGUACUCCUCCAGAAGAUGAAAUAUCUCUUUCAAGCGCUCCAAGCGAAGAGACGUCUGGCCCAAAACAUUGCGAGUACAGUGGAGUGAUUCAUCAGAGCGGUGAGACGUGGUCACCAGGACCAUGCGUACCUAAAUGUCACUGUAAUAAUGGUAUUAUCAAAUGCUCAAAACUGGAAUGCCCGGAUUUGAACUGCGAUAAACCGAUAAAACGCCGUUGGAAAUGCUGUCCUGAGUGUCUUCCCAACUCAGAUAAUGAAACUAGAUGUGGUGUGGACACAACUGGCGGCAAUGCGGAAAACUUGUGCUGUGUCUUUCCGUUUAACUAUCGUGGAAUUGAUUACUUUACUUGUACAACUGCUGACGCACAAGAACCGUGGUGUUCAAUAACAAGAAACUAUGACCGUGAUGGGUUAUGGGGGAAUUGUGUUGCAAAAUCAGAAACUGAAAAGAAACACGUGAAGCAGGCUGAUUCUGAUGAGAAAACUGCUCUGGUCCUAGCAGCACAACUCUCUGGUGCUCGAAAAUGGCGCAACUCUACAAACAACCAAGCAACCGAAGCUCUCAAAGACGUUCACACACCCUUUGUCCCAGAAAGAUCUAGAUCAACUAAAAGCAAGUGAUUCUCCCUCCGCUUAUUCUGACAAUGCAUACAAGAAUACCUCUGGGGCUGAUGUCAAUAGUGUUUAUCAAAAUGAUCCCUCUGCACAAG